GGCAGACAAAGGGCCUGGGCAAAUUCGCCGCCUGGCCUCCUAGAGCUCCGGGGAGGCGUCUGCGCCCGCGGUGGAUCGCGCAGGAGGCGCGCGCGGGGCGAGAAGCUGCGGCCGCGCUCGCGCGGUAGAGGAAAAGCCACGAGAUGCGCCUGACUCACAUCUGUUGCUGCUUCCUCCUUUACCAUCUGGGGUUCCUAUCGAAUGAGAUGGUUUCAGGACUGCAGUUCGCCCCUGACCGCGAGGAGUGGGAAGUCGUAUUUCCUGCACUCUGGCGCCCAGAGCCGGUGGAUGCAGCGGGCGGCAGCGGGGGCAGCGCGGACCCAAGCUGGUUGCGCGGCGUAGGGGGCGGCGGAGGCGCCCGGGGGCAGGCUGCCGGCAGCUCACGGGAGGUGCGCUCCGUGGCCCCCGCUCCACUGGUAGAGCCCGCGGAGGGUCAGUCCGAGUCCCAGUUCCGACCUCCCUUGUCGCCAGGAGGUGAGGAGGACGAGGAGCUGGAAUCACAGGAGCUGCCACGGGGAUCCAACGGUGCUGCCGCCCUGUCCUCGGGAGUCCCGGCCUCGUGGCAGCCGCCGCAGGUCCCACAGCCGCGGCCGUCCCCGUCCCAGUCUCCGUCCCCUCCUSGAGCCCAGCAAGCCGAACAAGACAGCGAUGAGGUGUUGCUGAGGAUCCCGGCCUUCUCCCGGGACCUGUACCUGCUGCUUCGGAGAGAUGGACGCUUCUUGGCUCSGCGCUUCGCUGUGGAACAGCGGCCAAGUCCAGGCCCGGGCCCCACGGGGGCAGCCGCUCCGCGCCCUCCUGCCCCUCCCGAUGCCUCCUGCUUUUACACCGGGGCGGUGCUGCGGCACCCAGGCUCSCUGGCCUCUUUUAGCACCUGUGGAGGUGGUCUGAUGGGAUUUAUACAGCUCAAUGAGGACUUCAUAUUUAUUGAGCCACUCAAUGAUACAAUGGCCAUAACGGGUCAUCCACACCGUGUCUAUAGGCAGAAAAGGUCCGUGGAAGAAAAAGCCACAGAGAAGUCAGCUCUUCACAGUCAUUACUGUGGUAUCAUUUCAGAUAAAGGAAGACCUAGGUCUAAAAAAAUAGCAGAGAAUGGAAGAGAGAAGCGGUAUUCAUACAAAUUACCUCAAGAAUACAACAUAGAGACUGUAGUGGUUGCAGAUCCAGCAAUGGUUUCUUAUCAUGGAGCAGAUGCAGCCAGGAGAUUCAUUCUAACCAUCUUAAAUAUGGUUUUUAACCUUUUCCAACACAAGAGUCUUGGUGUGCAGGUCAAUCUUCGUGUGAUAAAGCUUAUUCUGCUCCAUGAAACUCCAGCAGAUCUGUAUAUUGGGCAUCAUGGAGAGAAAAUGCUGGAGAGUUUUUGUAAAUGGCAACAUGAAGAAUUUGGCAAGAAGAAUGACAUACAUUUAGAGAUGUCCACAAGCUGGGGGGAAGACUUGACUUCAGUGGAUGCAGCUGUGCUUAUAACAAGGAAAGAUUUCUGUGUACAUAAAGAUGAACCCUGUGACACUGUCGGUAUAGCUUACUUGAAUGGAAUGUGCAGUGAAAAGAGAAAGUGUAUCAUUGCUGAAGACAAUGGCCUGAAUCUUGCAUUUACAAUUGCUCAUGAAAUGGGACACAACAUGGGCAUUAAUCAUGACAAUGACCACCCUUCAUGUGCCGAUGGCCUUCAUAUCAUGUCUGGUGAAUGGAUUAAAGGACAAAAUCUUGGUGAUGUUUCAUGGUCUGCAUGUAGCAAGGAGGAUUUGGAAAGAUUUCUCAGGUCAAAAGCCAGUAACUGUUUGCUACAGACAAAUCCCCAGAGUGUCAAUUCCGUGAUGGUCCCCUCUAAGCUGCCGGGGAUGACAUAUACUGCAGAUGAACAAUGUCAGAUUCUCUUUGGGCCCUUGGCUUCCUUUUGUCAAGAGAUGCAGCAUGUUAUUUGUACGGGAUUAUGGUGCAAGGUAGAAGGUGAGAAAGAAUGCAAAACUAAACUUGAUCCACCGAUGGAUGGGACAGACUGUGACCCUGGUAAGUGGUGUAAGGCUGGAGAAUGUACCAGCAGGACCUCAACACCUGAACACCUGGCUGGAGAGUGGAGUGUCUGGAGUUCCUGUAGCCGAACCUGCAGUGCUGGGACCAGCAGUCGAGAGCGCACAUGUCCUGGGCUAGGUUCUGAAGCAAGGGAUUGUAAUGGUCCCAGAAAACAGUACAGAAUAUGUGAGAAUCCACCUUGUCCUGCAGGUUUGCCUGGAUUCAGAGACUGGCAAUGUCAGGCCUAUAGUGUUAGAACUUCAUACCCAAAGCAUGUUCUUCAGUGGCAAGCUGUUCUGGAUGAAGAAAAACCAUGUGCCUUGUUUUGCUCUCCUGUUGGAAAAGAACAGCCUAUUCUUCUAUCAGAAAAAGUGAUGGAUGGAACUGCUUGUGGAUAUCAGGGUUUAGAUAUAUGUGCAAAUGGCAGAUGUCAGAAAGUCGGUUGUGAUGGUUUAUUAGGGUCUCUUGCAAGGGAAGAUCAUUGUGGUGUCUGCAACGGCAAUGGAAAAUCAUGCAAAAUCAUUAAAGGGGAUUUUAAUCAUACCAGAGGAGCAGGUUAUGUAGAAGUGUUGGUGAUACCUGCUGGAGCAAGAAGAAUCAAAGUUGUGGAGGAAAAGCCCGCACAUAGCUAUUUAGCUCUCCGAGAUUCUGGCAAACAGUCUAUAAAUAGUGACUGGAAGAUUGAACACUCUGGAGCAUUCAAUUUAGCUGGAACUACUGUUCAUUACGUGAGAAGAGGCCUCUGGGAGAAGAUCUCUGCCAAAGGUCCUACUACAACACCUUUACACCUCCUGGUACUCCUGUUUCAAGAUCAGAAUUAUGGUCUUCACUAUGAAUACACUGUCCCAUCAGACCCCGUUCCAGAGAAUCAGAGCUCCAAAGAACCAGAACCCCUCUUCAUGUGGACUCACACAGGCUGGGAAGACUGCGAUGCCACAUGUGGAGGAGGAGAAAGGAAGACAACGGUGUCCUGCACAAAAAUCAUGAGCAAGAAUAUCAGCAUCGUCGACAACAAGAAAUGCAAACACUUAACAAAACCAGAGCCACAGAUUCGGAGGUGCAACGAGCAGCCAUGUCAAACACGAUGGAUGAUGACAGAAUGGACCACGUGUUCACGAACUUGUGGAAAAGGCAUGCAGAGCAGACAGGUGGCCUGUACCCAGCAACUGAGCAAUGGAACUCUCAUUAGAGCACGGGAGAGAGAUUGCACUGGGCCUAAGCCUGCCUCUGCCCAGCGCUGUGAGGGACAGGACUGCAUGACCGUGUGGGAGGCAGGAGUGUGGUCCGAGUGCUCUGUCAAGUGUGGAAAAGGUGUACGCCAUCGGACUGUGCGAUGCACUAACCCAAGAAAGAAAUGUGUCCUCUCUACCAGACCCCGAGAAGCUGAAGACUGUGAAGAUUAUUCAAAAUGCUAUGUAUGGAGAAUGGGUGACUGGUCAAAGUGCUCAAUUACCUGUGGCAAAGGAAUGCAGUCCCGGGUCAUCCAGUGCAUGCAUAAGAUCACAGGAAGACAUGGAAAUGAAUGUUUUUCUUCAGAAAAACCUGCAGCAUAUAGGCCAUGCCACCUUCAGCCCUGCAAUGAGAAGAUUAAUGUAAAUACGAUAACAUCACCUAGACUAGCUGCUCUGACUUUCAAGUGCUUGGGUGAUCAGUGGCCCGUAUACUGCCGAGUGAUCCGUGAGAAGAACCUAUGUCAGGACAUGCGGUGGUAUCAGCGCUGCUGUGAGACGUGCAGGGACUUCUAUGCCCAAAAGCUACAGCAGAAGAGUUGACCUCUAGCAGGCUGGCUGGCUGGCUCACAUUUCUUUGCAGUUACAUUAUUUAUAAGCACACACACUAGCAUGUCUUUCAGACCAAAUAUUAGCAGAUUACAUAUAAUUUAAUCAAAUUAAUUUAUUUUUUCCCUGCCAAACAUCCAAUGUGGUAUUUGUUUUGGUAAUACAAACAUUUUGAUUUAUACUAUAAGGCAAAAUUUAUAUGAAUGAAUAAGUUGGAUCCAGUGCCCUAAUAAAAAGAAAAUGAAAAAAAAAAGAUCAUUAGACUUAAAAACAUUUUUUUUAAGUUAAAGUUAGGGCUGUCUCUAAGGUGCUACUUUCCACUAAUACCAUUGAGUUAUACAGUGCUUAUACUACCUUAGCAUAGUUUAGUUAUAUAUGGAGAAAAUCAUGGUUCUUUUUUUUUUUAUGUCCUGCUGCAGAAUUAGCCCAUUUUCUGUAAUCUGCAGGAGAUGUGUAAACAUAAGAAACCUCAUAGUGUUGAACAGAUUUUUAGAGAAUGUAUUAUGAAUUUGGUUCAGAUUUAGGGACAUCCAUAGGAAAAAUUCUACUGUAAUUAUAACCUUAUUUUAAUAAUGGAAAAGAAAGUCAAAGCAGAGACUUUGAUCAUGUUCAUGAACAUGUACUUGAACACAAGUAUUGUAACAAUGAAACACUGUAAUGAUUUACACUGAAUCACCAUUGCACUGUUGAUAUAGUGUAGAGAAACUGUUUUAGAAAUGAUAACAUCCUACAAAAUGUGUAUUAUUUUAUCAUGUUGUCAUUAGAUUUUAGCUUUUUAAAUAUUUUGAACAAAGAAAGCAUUGAUCCACCCAUUUCCUUGUGUCCGUUUAGCAGAUUUAUGAAAGAGUAUAGUGCUUAGAUUCACAAAUCAUAAUGAGAAAACUUACUGAAUAUUUUUCAGCCUUUUCCUUAGGAUCAGAAAAGACGAAAAGCAUGUAAUACUAUGGUAGUUUCAUUGUGUUUUUUUUUCUUUUAAAAAAAUAAAAAGUUUUACAAUUCUGUGAAACGUUCAAAAGCCAGCUUAGAAUUUUUCUCGUGAGAAAAUAUUGUACAUGAUUCACAUGGUUUCUUAGAUUUUUCAAUAAAAUAUGUAAAACUUCCUUUUGGGAGACAAUUCUUCGUAGAUCUCUCACACUUCCACAUGUUUGGCAAGAAAAGGCACUGUCUGUUUUUGUUCUGAAGUCUCUUCUAAAGAACUCUUAUACAAUGAACCAUUGUGGAAGACAGAGGUAGUAUAUUUCUUUGGAACAAAGGGCAAACAUGCUUGCUUCCCGUUUUUUAAGUUUUCAGGCUCUCUAAAAUUGAGGUUCUUUUAUUAUAAUAUAGCCUUCCUACACGUGCAGAUGUCACCUGGUUCUCUUCAUGUUACCCUAUGUGAAUUGGGGCUCAGAGAACCAGUGCAAGGAAAUGCAGAUUCUCUGGCCAAUUUUAUUGCUGUGAGUAAUAAAAUCCUUUGUCUCUAA